AUGCAUAGUCUUCUUUUCUCUGCUUUGGUAUUCAGUCUCGCGGCUGAUGCUUAUGGCUCAGGGUCUGCCGGCUGGGAUGUCGCUUACUCAAAGGCCAAAGUGGCGCUCCAAAAGCUGAACCAAACUGAAAAGGUUGGGAUUGCCACUGGAGUGACCUGGUCGGGAGGGCCUUGUGUGGGCAACACCUACGCACCUAGCUCAAUUGACUAUCCCUCUCUGUGUUUGCAAGACUCUCCACUAGGACUCCGCUUUGCCAACCCUGUCACAGCCUUUCCCGCGGGUAUAAAUGCUGGAGCAACGUGGGAUCGCAGUCUCUUGUACGCACGUGGCCAGGCAAUGGGAGAAGAGGCUAAGGGUCUUGGUGUCCAUGUGCAGCUAGGCCCGGCGGCUGGUCCUCUAGGCAAAAACCCCGAUGGCGGUAGGAACUGGGAAGGCUUUUCGGUGGACCCGUAUCUGAGUGGGGUUGCUAUGGAGGAGACAAUUCAGGGUAUGCAAGAUGCAGGUGUGCAGGCCUGCGCAAAGCACUGGCUUGGGAACGAGCAAGAACACAACCGGGAAACAAUGAGCUCAAACAUUGGCGACCGCGCAACGCAUGAGCUAUACGCAUGGCCAUUCAUGAACGCAGUCAAGGCGAAUGUGGCUUCUGUCAUGUGCUCCUAUAACAAGUUGAAUCAGACUUGGGCCUGCGAAAGUGAUGACCUUUUGAACAAGCUCUUGAAGGACGAGCUCGGCUUCCCUGGCUAUAUUAUGAGCGACUGGAAUGCACAGCACACUAAUGCCAACAGCGCUUUGGCUGGACUUGAUAUGACAAUGCCUGGAAGCGACUUUAAUACCCCACCUGGCAGUAUCUUCUGGGGGACUAACCUAGUUGAUGCCGUGGCCAAUGGCUCCGUCCCGCAGUCUCGUUUGGAUGACAUGGCAACCCGCAUCCUGGCGGCCUGGUAUCUUCUUGAUCAAGAUCAAGGUUACCCAGAGGUGACAUUCAGUUCUUGGAAUGGCGGCAAGGCCAGCAUCGACGUCACAGCUGAUCAUGCCAGUGUCGCCCGCGUAGUUGCCCGUGACUCCAUUGUGCUAUUAAAAAAUCAGAGACAUGCUUUACCUCUCCGACGACCCAAGAGCCUAGCGAUCAUUGGACAAGAUGCUAUCGCCAACCUCAACGGCCCCAAUGCGUGUGUGGACCGUGGCUGCAAUAAUGGCACCCUUGCAAUGGGAUGGGGUAGUGGCACAUCCGAGUUCCCUUAUCUCAUUGCUCCGUUCGAUGCAAUCCAAACUCGAGCCAAGAAGGAUGGUACAAAAAUCAUACAGAGUACUACCGACGACACAACUGCUGCUGCCUCCGCAGCGGCAGCGGCCGAAACUGCCGUAGUAUUUAUUAACGCAGACUCAGGCGAGGGCUAUAUCACAGUGGAAGGCCAUGCUGGCGACAGAAACCAUCUUGAUCCAUGGCAUAACGGCAACGAGCUUGUCAAGUCCGUCGCAGCAGCGAACAAAAAUGUCAUCGUAGUCGUGCACAGUGUGGGGCCGAUUAUCUUGGAGACAAUUCUCGCGCAGCCCUCCGUCAAAGCCAUUGUCUGGGCAGGACUACCAGGCCAAGAAAGUGGUAAUGCCCUGGUUGAUGUGCUGUACGGUAGCACCUCUCCCAGUGGUAAGUUGCCCUACACUAUUGCCAGAGAGGUUGCAGACUAUGGGGCUAGGUGGACCAAUGCCCUGGAUGACAAUUUCGUUGAAGACCUGUUCAUUGACUACCGCCACUUCGACCAGAACGGCAUUAGUCCUCGCUACGAGUUUGGCUAUGGUCUAUCAUAUACGAGCUUCCAGUAUAACAGGCUGUCGGUUGAUGUCGUUGCCACAGCCGGACCAUCAAAGGGACGCAUUGUUCCUGGAGGAGCAGAGGAUCUUUUUGAGUCGGUCGGCACUAUCUCUGUCAUCGUUCGAAACGUUGGUAGAGUGGCCGGAGCCGAGGUUGCUCAGCUCUAUAUUGGUCUUCCGAAAUCUGCUCCCAGUACUCCUCCAAAGCAACUUCGAGGAUUCCAGAAGUUGAAUCUUCGGCCAGGACAGCCAGGCAUGGCUACCUUUGAGCUCACUCGCCGUGAUAUAAGCUACUGGGAUGUACAGACACAGAAAUGGGUUGUGCCUCGAGGAAGAUUCACUGUGUAUGUUGGAAGCUCUAGUCGUGAAAUUCGUCAGCACGGGAGAUUUACUGUUUGA